UUCAGAGGAAGCAGCUGACCGUUUCUUACUUCUCACUAACUCUCUCAGUGCAGAAAUGGUCCACAAAAUAAUUAAACUGGCUGUAACGGAUGUGAGAUUUCCAACAUCUCUGGAGCAGCAUGGCUCAGAUGCAAUGCACAGAGAUCCGGACUACUCAGCCGCUUAUGUGGUGAUCAGCACCGAUGUCGGGCUGAGGGGCUACGGCCUGACGUUUACUGUGGGAAGAGGCACAGAAAUAGUGGUGUGUGCUGUGGAGGCCCUGGCAGGACUCGUGGUGGGGAAAUCCUUAGAGGAGAUCAUAAGUGACUUUCGUGGGUUUUACCGCCUCCUGACCAGCGAUGGGCAGAUGAGAUGGAUUGGCCCAGAGAAAGGAGUGAUCCACCUGGCCACCGCUGCCGUCCUGAAUGCAGUGUGGGACCUGUGGGCGAGGGCGGAGGGCAAGCCGCUGUGGAAGCUGCUCGUCGACAUGGAUCCCAAGCAGAUUGUCUCCUGCAUUGACUUCAGAUACAUCACUGAUGCUCUCACAGAGCAGGAGGCUCUAGACAUACUCAUGAAAGCACAGGAGGGCAAGCAGCAGAGAGAGGAUCAGAUGCUGAAAGAAGGCUAUCCCGCCUACACCACCUCCUGUGCUUGGAUGGGAUACUCAGACCAGCAGCUCAAACAGCUGUGCACAGAUGCGCUUAACAAUGGCUGGACCAAGUUUAAGAUGAAGGUUGGGGCCGACCUGGAGGAUGACAUACGCCGGUGCCGCCUCAUCAGGCAGAUGAUUGGACCUGAUAACACUCUGAUGAUCGAUGCCAACCAGAGGUGGGAUGUAGGCGAAGCUAUAGCUUGGGUGUCCAGGCUGGCUGAGUUCAGACCUCUAUGGAUUGAGGAGCCCACCUCUCCAGAUGACAUCCUGGGUCACGCUGCCAUCUCCAAGGCCUUGGCUCCACUUGGGAUCAGAGUAGCUACAGGAGAGCAGUGUCACAACAGGGUGAUGUUUAAGCAGUUCCUCCAGGCCUCAGCCCUGCAGUUUGUUCAGAUCGACAGCUGUCGACUGGGCAGUGUGAACGAGAACCUCGCCGUGCUGCUGAUGGCCCACAAGUUUCAGGUGCCUGUUUGUCCCCAUGCUGGAGGUGUUGGUCUUUGUGAGCUUGUGCAGCACCUGAUUCUGUUUGACUACAUCUGUGUGUCUGCUGACCUCAACAACCGUAUGUGUGAAUAUGUCGACCACCUCCAUGAGCACUUCACCAGUCCCGCUGUGAUCCGUAAUGCCUGCUACAUGCCCCCCAAGGAUCCAGGCUAUUCAAGUGAGAUGCUGGAGUCGUCUGUACAUACACACCAGUACCCCGAAGGAGAUGUUUGGAAGACGCUCUUGAACAAAUGAGGACGCUGUCAAAAACAUCUAGCCUAUUCGUCAAGGAAUCACUGGACUGGGUAAAGAAAUGGUAUUCCACAAUGAACUGCACUAAACAAUGAAUGUUAAAUAGUGGCACUUUUAAUGUCAGACAGUGAAUGAACAAAUGGUUUGUUGUUAGUGUGUUCCUCCUGAGAGGAAAUCAUCUGUACAAAAAAAGAAAAAGAAAGGAAAAAAAAACAAAUACAGACUUCUUAUUUACAGAUUUUGACAUUGAUGACACAAAGAAACAAGGACAUAAUAAACAGAUUUUCUGGCUAAAAAUUU